CCCGGGGAUUGGCGAACUAGAUCAUUCGGACGUCGUCAUUGAACUGACCGGAGCGCAUAACCUGUUCUCAGCUAAUUUUUUAGCGGAUUUCAUCUCGUCUUGUGAUUUUCCUACUUCGCAUCAUACAGUAUGGCUGCUCCCAUUAAAUGUAAGGCGGCUGUGGCGUACGGUUACAACCAGCCACUUUCAAUAGAGACGGUGACUGUUGCACCACCAGAGGCAGGCGAAGUUCGCAUUAAGAUUGCAGCAACAGCCCUCUGCCAUAGUGAUGCACAUUUCGUGUGGCGGGAAAUGCCCGAGGAAGCGUACCCCUACGUUCUCGGGCAUGAGGCAGCGGGCAUCGUCGAAAGCGUUGGCGAAGGUGUGACAUCAGUAAAGCUCGGCGACAAGGUUGUGCUAUGUUUCCUGUGCCAAUGUGGAGACUGUAGAUACUGUAAGGAUCCAAGAACAAACCUCUGUGGGGAAUUUCCUGAUGAUCUUGGCUACUACGAUACCUAUGAAGCCGGCCAUUCAUCCCGUAUCACCCUCAAAGAUGGCAAACUGGCACGCCAGUUUGCUGGAACAAGCACUUUCAGCGAAUACACAGUCACUCCUGAAAUUCAGGUGGCAAAGGUCCGUGAUGACGCUCCUCUAGAAACUGUCUGCCUCACCUCCUGUGGUAUUCCCACCGGAUACGGGGCGGCAGUGAACGUGGCCAAAGUCCAGGCAGGCUCGACCUGUGCAGUCUGGGGACUUGGUACCAUUGGACUCGCUGCCGUCAUGGGAUGCAAGGCAAGAGGAGCCAAGACGAUCUUCGGUGUCGACAUCAAUCCUGACAAGGAAGCAAAAGCUCGUGAACUUGGGAUCACCGAGUUCCUGAACCCCCUAGAUUACGAUAAGCCAAUCCAAGAGGUGAUCAAAGAGAAGACAGAUGGUGGACUUGAUUACGCCAUCGAGUGUAUUGGCGCUGCGAAAUGUGUGGAAGCAGCUUUGGAAUCAGUCCGCCGGGGCGUAGGACUGGCCGUGGUGGUGGGACUUGUCGAGUCAAAGCUGACCCUCAGUGCAGAGAACUUCUUGAUGGGAAAGACGCUUCAUGGCUGUUACUAUGGAGGAUACAAGAGUCGUGAGAGUAUCCCCAAGCUGGUUGAUGAUUACAUGGCGGGUAAUCUGAACCUAGAGGCCUUCAUUACCAACCGAAUGGACAUCGAAGAUAUAAACGAGGCAUUUGAUCUUCUUAAAGCAGGAAAGAGUUUCCGAUCUGUUAUGACCUUUGGAAAAUAGAUCCGAAGAUGUGCUGCUGAGCGAUUAAAAGUUGAUCACCGGCAAGACCUGAAAGCUGACUCAAAACAUUUUUCGGGAGUGUGUUGUUGCCCUAUACCACAGGCAUACUUUUCCAAUACACUUCCAGAAUCUAUUAAGAACAGCAUUACUCCAAAUUUAGUUUCGGCUAAAAUAUUGUUUUAUGAAAUUGUAUAAAUCACUGUACUUGAAGCCCUGCCUUUUCCUCAGUAAGCUACAUAUGUUUGUGCAGUACGUUAUCUUGGAACUCGUGUAACCCUGGCCUCUUGUCAUACAACCAAUCUCUUCGUGAUCCUCUUUACCAACACUAGUGGACGUCAUUUCUGCAUUUAUAUUUUCCUGUUCAUCUCCAACAAUUUUAGUGCAUAAUUCUAUGACAAUAAAAUUUGAGUCUUCACAA